AUGUCCAUGUCACGUCUACCGCAGCCGCCCAUGUCGCCCAUGUCCAUGAGCAGCAAUGAUUCGGGUCUCCUCGGGCGCUACGAGAGUUUUGGAGGGAGUCAAGUAGGAGGAUCAUCAGACAGAGCACCAGCCCUCGCCGGCACACCGAACGACGUACCAUACCGAGGAGGUCCAUAUGGCACCGCGCGCCCUCCAACAGCCGGCGGCUCACCACAUUCCUCACAACACCCCAGCGGCUCUACCGACGUCUCGCGACCCUCCAUUACUGGCAGCAAUGGUCGACCGCCCUCCUCUGCCAGCUCCUUCGCGGCCUCGAAUGAUGGUCGCGUGGGAGGGAGACCGCACAAUCGCGAUAGCUCGAGGAGUCAAUUUAACCCGGGAGAGGAUGCGUUGCAGAGGCAUUACGCGGCGUUGAAGCAAUACCUGGCGGUACACUUGCAAGACGAGAAAGGGAAUAUGAAGCCGAACCGGGCGCGGGAUAAACUGCUGAGGCUGUCGGUCACACAAUUCAUGGAGCUCAGCACAGAUGUGUACGACGAGUUGAUAAGAAGAGAAGACGAGCGCAUGCAAAGGGUGGAGAAUGUCCCUCGAUUUCUGCUGCCCAAGAACAACUUCCACCCGAAGAGAAAUCAGGCAAGGCAGAAGCUCUCCACUCUCCCAAUCGAGCGCUUUCGCCAACUCGCGACGGAUGUUUUCUUCGAGCUGGAAAGACGGAUACCCCGACUCGGCGGCAAUAGCAGGCCCAUGAGUAAUAUGAGUGAUGCCAGCACAUACAGCCGACAAGGAAUGCGACCUUCAGGAGGCCCACUUCCUCCUGGGCAGCGAGGCCCUUAUGGAGGUCCUCCGGCAGCAGCAGGAGGCAGACGGCCGAGCGAGGCGGGGAGUUUGGGAGGCGGGAGUCUAGGAAGACCGCUUCCGAAGCAGUUUCAGAGCAAUACGAUUAUCCCGAACAAGAGCACGAUGGUGGAGGACGACGACGAUGCGGAGGAUGAUGAGGAUGCAUUCGGACUGGAUCAAGCUCGUACGCCCUCAGGUGAAGGACAGGGCAGUUCGGCGGAGGACCAGGAGAAGAUCAGGGCACAAGAAGCAGAGAUUGCGGAGUUGAAAAGUCGACUCGAGGCGGAUUCGAGCAGGUCUGCUGGACACGAGGAGGAACGAAGUCAGUGGACAAGUCUUCGAGAGGAACUGGAGCAGAAACAUGUCGAUGCUCAGUUACUUGUGGAGCAGCUCACAUCGGAACUUUCAGCGCUGAAAGUGCGCCAUACCUCUGAUGCGGAGAACUAUGCCAACGAGCUGCGGCAGUUGGAGUCCACCAACUCAACGCAAGCCUCCCGCAUUUCUCAGCUCGAGACCGAGGUCUCCACUUUGGCGACCGAGCGAGACAAGCUGGCUGCCCAAAUCGCAUCUCACGAACCCGCUGCGCCUCCAGAUUACGAAGCCAAAUUGAAGGCUCUCACGCAAUCGCUCGCAUCGCAAGAGUCGACCACCCAGGAAGUGCAAGCUCAAGCCAUGCAAUAUCUCCGCGAAAUGCGAACCUUGUCAAAUCAAAAUGACGCUGCGAUUGAACAGGAAGAAAAGCUCGCAGCCAAAAUCUCAAAACUCGAACGAGACAACGACGAAUGGCGGCAACGGUAUGCGAAGGUCAAGGCUCAGAACAAGCACCUCCGAGCCUCGACCAUGGGACUCGGGCUGCAAGGAGGUGGAGGACUGGAUGCAGCAGGCCUGGUCCGCCAAGAAGGUCUCAUCGACAAGAACGGCAGGGUUAAGGAUGUGCAAGUCACUGCUUUUCAGGUCGCCGUGGAGGAGCUUCUCCGUGUCGCACGAGGGAGCAGCACGGCGCAAAUGCUGGAGUGCGUCAAGGGCGUGGUUGUAGGCACUCAAGCCAUCACUUCUGCUGCUGCAAGUUCGGAGAAUGGGAGUUCGGAGAAUGGGAGUUCGAAGGAUCCGGCUGAGCUACCUCGUCUGCAAGCUCGUGUGACUGGCACGGCCAACUCGCUCAUCACUGCGACAAAACAACACGCCGCUUCACAUGGUCUCUCACCCGUUGCGCUCCUCGAUGCAGCAGCGAGCAACCUGACAGCAGCAGUGGUAGAGCUCAUCAAAGCCGUGCGCAUCCGACCCACCGGUCAAGACGAAGCCGCAAAUGGCACGGACGCCAGCUUCCUCCACGUUCAACCCACCGGACGAGAAGUUGCAGAAGAAUCCGAGACAGAUGAUGAAAGCCACUACGGCCGAGACAGCUACGGCCUAGAAACCCUCGGCAACGGAACAUUUUCCCUCAACGUUCCACAGCUGGCCCCUCCAACAGCACCGCAACAACAACAGUCACAAGACCACACCCAGCCGAGCGUGAACCCCGAAUCCGCCGCCGUACAAGGCGCGAAAAAAGGCUGGUUCGGCUGGGCGGGUAAAUGGAACGACGACUCCGCGAACACCUCCCCUUCCGUCGGCGGUGUGACUCCCAAUCCGGGUUUGAAGGGUGAUGAUGACUUCGUCCCUCCGGAAAGUAAGUUUAAUCCGAAUCAUAGUUCGGGCGCGGUGGCGGCGGCGAGGGAGGCGAUGGGUGUUUCGAAUGCUGCUCCGACGACGAAUGGUGCGGGACAUGCGAAUGCGAAUGCGAAUGGAAAUGGGAUUGAGAGGAAGGGGAGCGGAAUUGAAAGGAAGGCAGUACCCCCUGCGGUCGUCCCUCCCGCGGUGGAGGAUACGUAUAAUGGGUAUGAUUACGAUAGUGGAAGUGACUAUGAUCCGUACCGGUAG